AUUUGUGAGAUUUGUGGAUCUGAUGAAGAUGAUCCAAACAUAUUACUUUGUGAUUGUUGUGAUAAAGGAUUCCAUUUACAAUGUUUAAGACCAGCAUUAGAAAGAGUACCCGAAGGAAAUUGGUUUUGUGAUAAGUGUAUACUUUCGACUGGAAACGAGUUUGGAUUUGAAGAAGGAGAAGAGUAUGAUUUAAGUAAGUUUCAAGAGUUUCAGGAUGAGUUGGCUUUGGAAGAUCAUAUCGAACGUGAGUUUUGGAGAUUGGUAGAGUCUCAAGCUGAACCUGUUGAAGUGGAAUAUGGAGCGGAUAUCCAUUCAUCAACUUAUGGAAGUGCUUUUCCACAUGUUGAAAAACAUCCACUCGAACCUUAUGCUAAAGACGGAUGGAAUUUAAAUAACUUACCAAUCGCUCCUGGAUCUUUACUUCGGUAUAUUAAAUCAGAUAUAGCUGGGAUGACUCAGCCUUGGAUAUAUGUAGGGAUGGUGUUUUCGACUUUUGCUUGGCAUAAGGAAGAUCAUUAUACGUAUAGUGUGAAUUAUCAUCAUUGGGGUGAUACGAAAACGUGGUAUGGAGUUCCAGCAGAAGAUGAUGAGAAAUUAGAAAAAGCCAUGAAAGAAGCAGCACCUGAUUUAUUUGAACAACAACCUGAUGUGAUGUAUCAACUAGUAACGUUAAUGUCACCAGGUAGAUUAAAGAAAUCAGGUGUACGAACUUAUGUGUGUGAUCAAAGACCUAAUGAGUUUGUAGUUACUUGUCCAAGAUCAUAUCAUUCGGGAUUUAAUCAUGGAUUUAAUUUGAAUGAAGCUGUGAACUUUGGAUUACCGGAUUGGUUGGCGGAUGGAUCGAUUUGUGUGGAUCGCUAUAAGACUUUACAUAAGUUGCCGGUCUUUUCUCAUGAUGAAUUGUUGAUGACGAUUUUCACUUAUGAAAAAAGUCCAAGGGUUUCAAGAUGGUCAGUUUGA